ACGCGGCCGCCUGCGCGGUUCCGGGUGCUCCCGCCGCGACGUUGCCCAGGGCGCACUUGACCCGGCAGGCUGCGGGGAAGGGCGGGUCUGGGAGAUCCCCAGCGCCGCUGCGUCCUGCGAUCCCUCCUCCUCGCGGCGCCGGAGCCACAGCCAGAGCCCGAGCCCGCGCCCGCGCCACCUCGCCCCCGGCCCGCGCGCCCCGGCCAUGGCUUUCGCCAAUUUCCGCCGCAUCCUGCGCCUGUCUACCUUCGAGAAGAGAAAAUCCCGCGAAUAUGAGCACGUCCGCCGGGACCUGGACCCCAACGAGGUGUGGGAGAUCGUGGGCGAGCUGGGCGACGGCGCCUUCGGCAAGGUUUACAAGGCCAAGAAUAAGGAGACGGGCGCCCUGGCCGCGGCCAAGGUCAUCGAGACCAAGAGCGAGGAGGAGCUGGAGGACUACAUCGUGGAGAUCGAGAUCCUGGCCACCUGCGACCACCCCUACAUCGUGAAGCUCCUGGGUGCUUACUACUACGACACGAAGCUGUGGAUCAUGAUCGAGUUCUGCCCCGGGGGAGCAGUGGACGCCAUCAUGCUGGAGCUGGAGCGUGGCCUCACAGAGCCCCAGAUCCAGGUGGUCUGCCGCCAGAUGCUGGAGGCCCUCAGCUUCCUGCACAGCAAGAGGAUCAUCCACCGCGACCUGAAGGCGGGCAACGUCCUGAUGACCCUCGAGGGGGACAUCCGGCUGGCUGACUUUGGUGUGUCUGCCAAGAAUCUGAAAACCCUGCAGAAGCGAGAUUCCUUCAUAGGAACACCCUACUGGAUGGCCCCCGAGGUGGUGCUCUGCGAGACCAUGAAGGACACCCCGUAUGACUACAAGGCCGACAUCUGGUCCCUGGGCAUCACCCUGAUCGAGAUGGCGCAGAUCGAGCCCCCUCACCACGAGCUCAACCCCAUGCGCGUCCUGCUCAAGAUCGCCAAGUCCGACCCCCCGACGCUGCUCACCCCCUCUAAGUGGUCUGUGGAGUUCCGAGACUUCCUGAAGACUGCUCUGGAUAAGAAUCCCGAGACCCGACCCAGCGCCGCGCAGCUGCUGGAGCAUCCCUUCGUCAGUAACGUCACCAGUAACAAGGCCCUGCGGGAGCUGGUGGCCGAGGCCAAGGCCGAGGUGAUGGAGGAGAUCGAAGAUGGCAGGGACGAGGGAGAAGAGGAGGAUGUCGUGGACUCUGCCCCCGCCCUGGGGAACCACACGCAGGAGUCUUCUGAGGCGAGUCAGCUGAGCCUGGGGGCCGACAAGUCCCCCCAGGAACCAUCCUCGGCCCCACUGCCAACCAGCCAGCCUCAGGACAGUGGGAAUGGGCCCUGCAGCCAGCCCUCUGCAGACGGAUCCCUCCAAACCCUCAGCCCUCCAGGCGGGGGCCCUGCAAAUGAGAAUGGCCUCGCGAUGUCUGUUCCCCUCCGAAAGUCCCGGCCAGUGUCAAUGGAUGCCAGAAUCCAGGUAGCCGAGGAGAAGCAAGCCAAGGACCAGGCUGGGGACCUCAGUCCUGCAGCCAGCAGAUCUCAAAAGGCCAGCCAGAGCCGGCCCAACAGCAGCGCCCUGGAGACGCUGGGCGGGGAGAAGCUGGUCAACGGCAGUCUAGAGCUCCCUGCCCAGGCCGCGCCGGGCCCCGCCAACAGGGCCUCGGACAGCAGCAGCCUGUCCACCUCUGAGAGCAUGGACUACAGCACCUCCCUGUCCACCGACCUCUCCCUGAACAGAGAGACGGGCUCGCUGUCCCUUAAGGACUCAAGGCUGCAUAACAAAACCCUGAAGCGGACACGCAAAUUUGUGGUGGAUGGCGUCGAGGUGAGCAUCACCACCUCCAAGAUCAUCAGCGAUGACGAAAAGAAGGACGAGGAGAUGAGAUUCCUCAGGCGCCAGGAACUCCGCGAGCUGCGGCUGCUGCAGAAGGAGGAGCAUCGCAACCAGAGCCAGCUCAGCAGCAAGCACGAGCUGCAGCUGGAGCAGCUGCACAGGCGCUUUGAGCAGGAGAGCCACGCCAAGAAGAAGUUCUUUGACACAGAACUGGAGAACCUGGAGCGUCAGCAAAAGCAGCAGGUAGAGAAGAUGGAGCAAGACCAUGCCGUGCGCCGCCGGGAGGAGGCCAAGCGGAUCCGCCUGGAGCAGGAACGGGACUACGCCAGGUUCCAAGAGCAGCUCAGACUGAUGAAGAGAGAGGCCAAGAGCGAGGUGGAGAAGCUCCCCCGACAGCAGCGGAAGGAGAGCUUGAAGCAGAAGAUGGAGGAGCACACGCAGAAGAAGCAGCUUCUCGACCGGGACUUCCUGGCCAAGCAGAAGGAAGACCUGGAGCUGGCCAUGAAGAGGCUCACUGCGGAGAACCGGCGGGAGAUCUGUGACCGGGAGCGCGAGUGUCUCAACAGGAAGCAGGAGCUCCUUCGAGACCGGGAGGCAGCCCUGUGGGAGAUGGAGGAGCACCAGCUGCAGGAGAAGCACCAGCUGGUGAAGCAGCAGCUCAAAGAUCAGUACUUCCUCCAGCGGCACCAGCUGCUGCGCAAGCACGAGAAGGAGCGGGAGCAGAUGCAGCGCUACAACCAGCGCAUGCUGGAGCAGCUGAAGGUGCGGCAGCAGCAGGAGAAGGCGCGGCUGCCCAAGAUCCAGAGGAGCGAGGGCAAGACGCGCAUGGCCAUGUACAAGAAGAGCCUGCACAUCAACGGCGGGGGCAGCGCCGCUGAGCAGCGCGACAAGAUCAAGCAGUUCUCCCAGCAGGAGGAGAAGAGGCAGAAGUCUGAGAGGCUGCAGCAGCAACACAAGCACGAGAACCAGAUGCGGGACAUGAUGGCGCAGUGCGAGAGCAACAUGAGUGAGCUGCAGCAGCUGCAGAAUGAAAAAUGUCACCUCUUGGUGGAGCAUGAAGCCCAGAAGCUGAAGGCCCUGGACGAGAGCCACAACCAGCACUUAAAGGAGUGGCGGGACAAGCUGCGGCCGCGCAAAAAGGCUCUGGAAGAGGAUUUGAACCAGAAGAAGCGGGAGCAGGAGAUGUUCUUCAAGCUGGGCGAGGAGGCCGGGUGCCCGAGCCCCACCACCCCGAGCAAGACCUCCAAGUUCCUCCCCUACGGUGCUUCGGAUGCGUCCUAACAACCCGGGCCGGGGCUGCGGGGCCUGCGGGGUCCCACCCUCUGUGAACACAUAACUCAGGACCCCUCCCUCCUGCUCCUGUGCCAGCGCCACCCCAGCCUCUGCUCUUGCCCCCACCCCCGCCCCGUGCCUGUCUGACCUGCCCCGUGUCCUGGCCUCCCACCUGUCCCUGGAGGGCAGGGAGUUGUGUGUCACCUGACCCUCAUGUGUGUCCUCUUGAGACCCCGGUUCCAUCAGGCUGUAAGUGGUUUGGGUUGUGGUGGUGUCAGGUCCCUGAGCAGUGGGUAUGCUGUGGCCUUGAGGUCCCUCCUGUUUGCCAAAACACAGUUGUGUUUUCUGCGGGGACAAAGCUUUGCCUGUGAGGCCACCAUGGCUCAUCCCCCUCGUCACACCUGGUGGUUUUCAGUGAUUCCUUGCCAUGUCAGACAGGAACCCUGACACCUCUUUCCACUCCCAGCAGGGCCAGGACAGGGCCAGCUGGGCCAGGUGUCCCUACUCCCUGCCUCCCCGGACCCUGUGCACAUGGGGGCAGGGGUGGGGAAUGGGGAGUCCUGAGAUGUCCCUCCUGCUGGUCUUAGGCCUUUCCGGUCAUCUCCAGUGCCCCUUCCUGUGCGCCCCCGCAGGCUGGCCCCUGGCCUUUUGUGCCAGGUGGGUGGAGUGGGCCUGCUGCCUGGGCCAUGUCACCGGAAGUGUCCAGUGGAACAGUUGAUAGGGAACGUGCUGGCACCAGAGGACCACAGAAGGCACAGGCUGUGCUGCCAGUGUGCCCCUCGCAGGGCCCCACACAGGCUUUCCCUGCAGAACCUCUCCCUCCUCCAUUCCCCACCCCUGCCCCCGUCUGCAGGUGCCCUGGAGGGGCCUUUUUCUCUGCCUGGGGUCCAUGUCCAGGAGUCCCAGCCUACAUUUCAAACAGGCCUGGCAGUCGCUGGACUUCUCUCUAGGAGAAAAGGCGUGGGGUGUGGUGGGGGAUGGGACGCCUGCCCCCCCAGGAACACAGACAAACAAAGGGUGUGGCCCCCCAGUCCUGGGCUGGCCUCUCCAGAUGCUGCCCACCAGCUGCCACCAGCGUGCAGACUCCCUACACCUCGAUCUCUAACUGCUGCGCCCGACUGUAUACGCCACGUGCGGCUUCUUCAGGAAGACACCGGCUCUGAACCACAUCUGGGCAGGGUUCAUGUCCAGGACCCGGAUGGGCAUGUGCAGUCGGGGUGCUGUCUUGCUGGUGACAGAUGGCUGAGACAACCCAAAAGGACUUUCUUCUCUGUCACCUCUUGGGCUGGGGUUCGAUACGUGGUUCCUCUGAAGCAGUCCCUGAUGUUUUCUGAGCACUGAUGAUAACCGCAUGCUUGGGAAGGAAGGGGCAGCCAUUGAACAGGACAAAGGACCAGGGUUCCCACAUCCUCACUAUGCCAUCAGGAAGCGCAGGAGGCCGGGAAGGCAGUGGUUCUCUGGUCAGUGAGCGUCCAGCUGCUUCCGUAUCUGACCCGGAGGGUGGCCUUUCAGUUCUCACAGUGGGACAAGCAAAUCAGUCGUCUCUUUCUGUUCUCUUGGGUGUCAGGGGCUGGGAAAGGCGAACUGGUGACAGUGUGACCGCAGAGAGAGACAGGUCCCCAGGAGAGGCCGGCAGACACGGUCAGGCAGGGGUGUUUGGUGCACAGUUGACAGUAUUUCCUCUGACUAGAGAAUGAGGAUUGGGAGAAACGCCAGUUUCUGCUGGUCUCAGGCCUUUCCGGCCAUCUCGAGUGCCCCUCCCUGUGCGCACCCCUGUUCCCUUCUCAUUCAUUCGACCCUGUCCUUCAGGAGGUGGCUGAGAGCGCUCCUGUGCCUUUUUGAAUGACGGCUGGCCUGGCCUCCCAGCCUCAUAGACGGGCCCAUGUGCAAAGCCAUGGCUGAGAAGGCCACGCAGUAUUCCUCAUGCCCUAUGCUAACUUUUUCUGUGCAACGGACAGAUGGAAAUGUAUCUCUAUUUUUAGCAGAGUAAAUAUAACUAACUUAUAUUUUCUCUUUAUGAAGGACAGAAGUUAUUUUUUAUGUAGUUUCCAAAGUUUAUAUAAAACUUUUGUAAAAUGUUCUCUGCAAAGGUAACUCUGGGAAUGUAAAUAUGCUUCUAAUAAAAUAACAAGGACAUU